AUGGACCCGUUAUACGACCAUAUUGGCCUCGUUAAGCGUAAACCUAUCAACUCGGAAAUUGUACAUGCCUUUGAACUAGCAUUAAAUGAAUAUCCACCGGAUAAGGUUUUUUCAAUCAGUGGGCUUGAAAUUAUUGAUCGCCCUAAUAUUCACAUAGGUUAUGGCAACCCAGAGUUGGCCUUUGUAUUUACACGGUAUGCUCUGAAUCACUGUCCAAACCUUCAAGCCUGUAGCAUUGUAAUGGAUGCUAUUUUCAAUAAGACCAUCUAUAUUAAUACUCAUUUAAAGGAGCUCCAACUACGCAAAGAUCAUUUUAUAACAUCAAAUAUGGUGACUGAGAUUAGCCUGAAAUCGUUUAAAAACUUGGAGCUAUUUCAGUUUGAUGAUUACAAUACUUGUGGAAAUGAUACCGAUUACAUAUUUAUUUGA